AAACCUUGCUGUUGAUGUAGCUUGUGGACGUCUAACUGGGCUGAUCACGUGGCUACUUUAGAUUUUAUCGGUUUGCUAACGCGAACAGGCGCACUGUUCUCUGAUUGGUUUAAAGUCGGCUCAGCUUCCAUAAGCCCCACCCACUGUUUUUAUAUAUAGUUGAAGUAGCUUGUGAAGCUUACACUCCACACUCAAGACAUUCACGUUCUUCACUCGGUGAAAUGGUUGUUCUGGACAAACCAAAUCUUCAGUUGGGCAGCAAAACGAUGGAUGGAAAUCAACACAAAGAGGCCAAUGUUCUGCUGCUUGGAGCAGAAAAUGUUGGGAAGUCAGCCCUCACUGUGCGAUUUCUCACCAAAAGGUUCAUCGGAGAAUAUGGGGACAUUGAAUCAAUAUACAGUCAUAUUGACAAGACUGAUGGGCGAGAGAUAGCCUUAAAUAUUUGGGACUCCCUGUAUCCACAGAGCUGUGAAACAACUGAAUCCAUCAGUGACAAGCAGCUGCAGUGGGCAGACGGUGUGAUCCUGGUCUACAGCAUCUGCGAUCGCUCCAGCUUUGAGGUGGUCCGGCAACAGGUGCAGCUCAUCCGCCGGACUCGGAAGCUGUCCGCAUCUACCCCAAUCAUUAUCGUGGGGAACAAGCGAGACCUGCUGCAUCAGAGAGCCGUGUCGAGCGAGGAGGGCAGACUGUUCGCCCUCUCGGCAGACUGCGGUUUCUUUGAGAUCUCGGCAGCUGAAACUUACCACGGUGUACUGCUGGUUUUUCACGAAAUCCUGGACCUCAUCAAGGAGUCCAAAGCACUUAAAAAGGGAAUGGUUGGAAUCAAGGGUAUAGUCAGAAGCGUGUCCGCAGUGUUUGGAAAGAAACGAGAGUGAAGAACUGUUGAAGAUGAUGAGCGAGAUGAAGAUAUGAGGCCCCUGGCAGCCUAGCAUCUAAAUAGCUGAGAGGAGGACCCCGGCUGAUGGGUUUUUGGGGCCGAAGGAAGUCGCUUUUGCCUUGUUAACCUUAAUGGAUGCUGGAAAGAAGUAGUAUGAGAAGACAGCAUGUUAAAAGUUCAGAGCCCAGUGUUAUGGUGAAGAAAAGUAUAUGAUGUUUGUUACAGCAAGGCGAUAAAAGAUGUGCUGAAAAUAAGUGAUCCUGGGCUUUGAUGUAAGUUGGUCACUGGGUAUGUGUAAUGAAAUAAACCAAGAGAUGGCCCAGAUCUGUUCUUGUCAUUUCUCACAGAAAGAUCUGUCAGCUCUGAACAAAUGAUUUAGACAAAUUCAAGUGAGCUUCUGCUUCGGAUUUCAGAUGCCUGAAAUAUAAUGAUGGACUUUAUCUGCCCUGCAUUGUUCCCAUUUGAGCCUCCACUGCCAUUUAGAUGUGAAUUAUUAAAUGUGGCAAUUGAGAGGAGACUAUGUGUAGGUAUUUGAUGUAUAUAUUGUAAUUUCCGUAACAUAAUUUCCUGGAUAGUUUUUUUUUAGGUUGGUGGUAGUAUAAAUGCAACUUGAAUAAAGGCAUGUUCACACCGAGGGCGAUAACUGUAACUAUAAACUUUAAUUAAUCAUUCUAAUGAAUGAUACAAACACUACUGCUGGACAGCCAAUCAGAAUCAACAUGACUUGAGCUUUUAUUGUCCAUUGGUGUGUAUGCCAACAUAGUUACAGUUAAAGUUAUCGUUAGAAUUUUCUUUCUUGGUGUGAACUUAAGAGUGACAUAUAAAGAAAU